UUUUCGCGAUCAAUUGAGCGCCUGUCGAACGAACCUUCGGCGACGACGUUGGUGAACCAGUGAAGCCACACAUCACCAACAGCAAGUCAGUAAUGGCUUCCACACAACAGUGUCUUGCCUCUUUGGCAAGACUAAGCAUCAGACCGGCAACGAGGCCCUUGGCCACAUCCGUUCCUCGAUUCCUCGUGCCAUCCGUUGCUCAACCGCGAUUUGCCUCGGUGAACAAGGACCCUAAGAAAAAGGAGAAGAAGAAGAAGGAGCUCAAGCAAUACAGGGUGCACAGAAAAGACACGCUCUUGACUUUCUCCUUGUGUGAUGCGAUAAGAUAUAUUCGCGCUUUCGAGGUCGGAAAGCCACCGGGCUCGGUCAAGUACGAACUUGCCGUCAAGCUCACCACAAACAAACGUUCCGCCAUCGUCCGAAGCCGUGUUCGUCUUCCCCACUCUGUUCGCUCCGACAUUCGCGUGGCCGUCAUCUGCAGAGAGGGCAGCCUGGUCGCGACCGAGGCACGUAUGGCCGGUGCAGUGGCCACCGGCGAGGAGACACUCUUCCAGCAGAUCAAAGAUGGCAACAUCGACUUCAACAGGCUCAUCUGUCACUCGGACUCGCUGGGUGCGUUAAACAAGGCCAACCUGGGCCGCAUUCUUGGUCCCAAGGGUCUGAUGCCAAGCGACAAGACCAAGACUGUCACCAAGGACGUCAAAGGUCUGCUGCGUGACUUGAGCGGCGCAGAGGAUUACAGGGAGAGGGAUGGUGUCGUCAGGAUGCCCAUUGGUCAGCUCACUUUCACGCCAGAGCAGUUGUCCGACAACAUCAAGGCCUUUGUGGACGCGUUGAAGAAGGAUAUCGCAAAGUUGGAGAGCCAGGUGGUCAAGACCAUCGAUGAGAUUGUCCUGAGCACAACACACGCUCCUGGUUUCAGUCUCAACGGAGGUUUCAGAUCUACUGAUGAGAACUUGACAACGGCUCAGCUCACUGGCCCCAUGUAAUCACAUGCUGUUUCAGCUAUUGUAUGAUAAAAGGGUGGCUGCGGGUGCUAUUGGACUCGCUGUCAUGUAUGUAUAGAUUUGGGUAUCAGAGUUACCAUUAGAGGCAUACCUAUGUUGUUUGUCUGCCUGUCGUCUUUUUAUUUCUCGUCUGUAGCUCAUCAUUAUCGCUUUUUGAAGACAGCGACUGCCUCUGCCUCUGCCCCCAAUAGUCGAUAAAUGGCAAGGAACUUCAAAAUCCUAACCUGACCUCGGGGACCU